UGUGUCAACUUGUCAAGUCACCUCCAACGUGCACGAUCAGCUGCUUAGCCCACUUCCGCAUAUUUGUUUUGGCUAUUUUUUAUUCAGCUAUUUUUUCCAGCAUGAAAUGACUUUUUCUUCACUUCAACUGCAAUUCGUUGCCACUUUUGUCUGCAAGCAGCCUUGAGCCAGCUCGGGAUCAGUCACAUGGAAGAUUCCGACCUGCUGACACUCCACAAGCCUCCAUCAUGCCUCAGAAGAGCAAAAAAGACAAGGACUCCACAAAGUCUGGAAAGGCAAAAAAAUCUGCAAGUGAAAAUGGGCCUGCAAGUGAUGAUGCUUCCAAUAAAAAAGUACCUCCCACCACUCAGCUGAUGAGGAUAAAGCAGCCGGGGUCACACACGGCUGUGAGGAGGGAGAAGAGGUUCAGCUCUUCGUGCUUUGCCCUCAGCACCAACAGAGAGCUGCACAAACUGGAUGCUCUCGCAGGUAUGCCAGUCACUUUAUUAGGCACACUUGUGCAAUCUCAUCGAAUCCAAUACAAGGUCUUCCUCAGGUCCUCAAGCAUGCAUGGGUUUUCUCCACAUGGUACUUGAUUCUCAUUAGAUAUGCACUCUCUCCUUAUCUCACGUUUCACAUCCUCCUCCUCCUCUGAGGGCUUUUAUUGACCUUUUUUUUUGAGGGAUGGCAUGUUUGGCUUACAUCAACAAAGGCAAUCAUAUUAACAAUUUAUAGCACAGGUAGAU